AAGAGCACAAUGGGAAAACGUUUUACUGGAGUUGAUGUGUGGUGUCCUGUAGCGUGUUCUCCCACGGUUCUGCUCUGCUCUCCUCCUCAGGAAACCUGUCCUACUCGUCAGAAUUCGAUUCUCUGGCGAACAAGGGACUAAACUCUCUGUUACACUUUUCUUCUCACAUACCCCUUCUUCAGUGCGACGGGGAAGACGGACAACAUGAUUGGCUAUAUCUUCGUGGUUCUAUGUGGAUUGGCUGGCAGUGCGCUCGCAAAGGGUAAGGUGGAGAGGGAGCCUAAGGGGAAGUUCAGUGUUCCUGUUCUGGAUGUGAAGAGUCGACAGCUGGUCCUGGAGGCCAACCAGACUCUGACAAUCCAUUGCAGGGGUCGAUGGGAGCUGUCGUGGGCAUUCCCUGGAGGUGUGGCCAAAGAUCAGGAGAGAAUGCGAUUGGAAGAUUCUCGCUGUGGUAGGCAGAGCCAGCAUUACUGCAGCCAACUGACGCUUAGCUCGGCCCAGGCGCAGCACACAGGAUUGUUCCGGUGUCGGUACAGCCAUCGGACCCGCAGGCAGAGAGCUGUCUAUGUCUAUGUCACAGACAGACAGCGGCCAUUUGUGGAGGAGCAGAAUAACAGUCCAGACGUUGUGUAUAUGAAGGAAAGCCAGCCUCUGGUCUUCCCCUGUAGGGUCACCAACCCUGACGCCACUGUCUCAUUGGUCAAGUUUCCUGACCAGGAGUUGACCCCAGACCAGAGGAACAUAGUGUGGAACAGCAGACAGGGCUUCCUCAUCCACAGCCCCACCUACUUCUACAUCGGCCUGUUCUCCUGCAAGACCACUGUCAACGGGACCACACACUCCCUCAGUUACCUCACACAUAGACAAGUGAAUAAGAUCAUGAAGGUAUAUCUGAACAGUACCAGUCCAGUCCAGUCUCUACAGGGGGAGAGUCUGGCCAUCAACUGUACUGUCACUGCAGAGUGGAACAGCAGAGUGUCCAUCAGCUGGGACUACCCUGGACAGGCCAACAGGUCAGCCAUAGUCAGUAGGUGGAUCAUGGCCAGUAAAUUUCACAUGGUGUUCUACAGUAUUCUAUCCAUCCCCAAACUCCACCGCUCUGACAGAGGGCUUUAUAUCUGCCGAGUGACCAGUGGACCGGUCAGUCGAGAGACUAACGUAUCUGUCACAGUCUAUGACCGUCCCUUUAUCCGUCUGAAGCCCAGACAGGGGGCUGUAGUGGAGGCUCAUGCAGGACAGAAGUCCUACCGUCUCUCCCCCAAACUACGAGCCUUCCCUGCCCCAGAAGUCAUCUGGUUGAAGGAUGGGAAGGUGGCAGCGGAGGAGUGUUCCCGUUACCAUGUGGACGGGAAUUCCCUGGUGAUCCGUGAUGUGGCGGAGGAGGAUGCAGGGAAGUACACUAUCCUGGUGGGAAUCCAAGAACACAGACUCUACCAGAACCUAACGCUCUCUCUUGUGGUCAACGUGAGUCCUGGGAUAGGGGAGAAGGCAGUGUCAGUGCAGGACCCAGGCAGUGUUCCGCGGGGUAGCAGACAAGCCCUGCACUGCACCUCCCACGGAGUCCCCCCUCCUCACAUCACAUGGCUCUGGCACCCCUGCCCCCCCAAAGGCCUGUGUGUGUGUCCUCCGUCCUCCUCAAUGUGGAGCCCCGUAAAAGAGAGGGCCCCCGGCACUUCCACACACAACCACAUCCUGAGUGUCACACACAGACAGGAAGUCCUCCAGGGGAAGAAUAAGACCGUGGGGGUUUUGAUGGUUGCUGAGGCGUUUGUGUCCGGCGUGUAUCGCUGUAUUGCCUCUAGUUCUGUGGGAAAGGAUGAGCUGGACAUGCCCUUCUAUGUAACAGACGUCCCAGGAGGCUUCAGUGUGAGUCAGGAGGAUGAGCCAAGGGAGGGAGGAGACCUACACCUCACCUGCGUAGCCAACAAGCACCUGUACACCAAUUUUUCAUGGCAACGGGUGACUGACCCAGCAGAGACCACACCCCUGACCCCCUCCCUGGGUGGUGAACUGACCUCAGGAGAGUUUUCUGACACUCUGAGUCUAUUGCUUAGCAACCUGACGGCGGGGGAUUCUGGAACCUACCGCUGCUCCGCCCAUCACCUGCUGACGGGACAGAACACACAUCUGGACACACAGGUGGACGUCACAGUACUGGAGGCUCCGGUGCUGUUACAGAAUCUGUCUGACUGCAGCGUGAACAUCAGCAGCUCAGUGACACUCAGCUGCCGCGCCCACGGAGUGCCACGCCCAUUCAUCACAUGGUACAAGGACCAACACACACUGCUUCAGGGAUCAGGUAUCGUCAUAGCACAAGGAGGCGAGAACCUCCACAUUGACCGAAUCACAGUGGAGGACCAGGGUCUGUACACCUGCCAGGCAACCAAUGAGAGAGGCUCUGCUGAGAGCUCCGCCUACAUCUGGGUUCACAACUCAUCAGGUGGCCUGUCUCUGGAGAUUCCUACUCUCACCUGUACCUGCCUGGUGGCCACUCUCUUCUGGCUGCUUCUCACUCUCUUCAUACGUAAACUCAAAAAGCCAAACUCUUCGAGUGCCAAGGCUGAGUACCUUUCAAUCAUCUUGGACCCAGGGGAGGGGCCUCUGGAGGAGCAGUGUGAUAGGCUACAGUACGACCCAGGCCAAUGGGAGUUCCCCAGAGACCGCCUCAAACUGGAGAAACCUCUGGGCCGUGGGGCCUUUGGGAAAGUCAUGCAGGCGUCUGCCUUUGGCAUCGACAACUCUACAGGCUGCAGGACUGUGGCUGUCAAGAUGCUCAAGGAGGGGGCUACUCCCAGUGACCACAAGGCUCUGAUGACAGAACUGAAGAUCCUGAACCACAUCGGCCACCACCUGAAUGUGGUCAACCUGCUGGGAGCCUGCACCAAGGCAGGGCCUCUCAUGGUGAUAGUGGAGUACUGUAGGUAUGGAAACCUAUCCACCUACCUGAAGAGCAAGAGAGACGUGUUCCUGCUCAACAAGGACGGGAAGAAGAGGUGUUUCGAGGAGAGAGAGAGCACAGAGGAGAGGGGUGUCUCUAAGUCUCCUCUGUUCCUGGAGGAUCUCAUCUCCUACAGUUUCCAGGUGUCUCGAGGCAUGGAGUUCCUCGCCUCUCGCAAGUGUAUCCACCGUGACCUGGCUGCCAGGAACAUUCUGCUGUCUGAGAACAAAGUGGUGAAGAUCUGUGACUUUGGUCUGGCCAGAGACCUCUACAAAGACCUCGACUACGUCCGCAAGGGAGACGCAAGGCUGCCAUUGAAGUGGAUGUCCCCAGAGUCCAUCUUUGACAAGGUGUUCACGACCCAGAGUGACGUGUGGUCCUAUGGAGUUCUGCUCUGGGAGAUAUUCUCUCUGGGAGCCUCUCCGUACCCAGGCCUGAACAUAGAUGAGGAGUUCUGCCACCAACUAAAGGAGGGAACACGCAUGCGGUCCCCAGAGUACAGCACUCCAGAAAUUUACAGCACCAUGCUGGCAUGCUGGGAGGCUAACCCCUCAGACCGCCCCACCUUCACUGGCCUAGUGGAAACACUGGGAGACCUGCUGGAGGCACGGGUUCAACAGGAUGGGAAGGACUACAUUCCCCUGGGCACGUUCCUGUGUGGAGAGAGAGACCCAGACAGCAGCGUCCAGAGAGACUCCACAGACAGCUCCCUGUCUGACCUGCAUCCACACAGACUCAUCAGUCUAGGCUACAUGAACACCAGCAGCACAGCGAAACUCAGGACCUUUGAGGAACUGCCCAGCAAGGACCCGCCUGGCCCGGACGAUGAGCAGGGAGACAGCGGGAUGGUUCUACCCUCUGAGGAACUCAAACGCCUCAAAUGGACCAGCGGCCCCAAGAGCCUCACAAGGUUCUUCACCAUCAGUACGUGCAGGGAAAACCUGGUGCCAUGCAUGUGUAAUGACACCACUGGUCUCCAUGACGAGCCGCCUGUCCUCCCAUGCGACUGUGACUCCGAGGAGAGCUGUUCCCCUCCACCCGACUACAACUCUGCCUUCCUCUACCCCUCCCUCUGACAACUCUAUCAUAUCACACUUCUCCCUCUUGUUAGAACUGCCUUGGUUCCUCCCUCCCAGCACACCAUCACUCCAUCUAAACUCACCCUAACCUCCUCCCUCUGACACCCACUUCUCUAUCCCUAGUCCAUCUUUCUCCCUCCUCCCUCUGACAACUUUGUCACAGAUGAAUUAUUGAUGCAGUGCUUCAUUUCCCCAUAACAUAGUAUCAGACGACGUCUCUACAAACAAUUCCUCUAAAGAUUGUAUUUGAUGCUGUAGCUUCCUCAGGGGGAGAGGAGUAAGGUAUGUGAAUUACUGAGGCCUGCGUAGGGUGCCACACCCACACCACUAACAGCAGCUAAAUCCAUGAUAGUGUUAUCACAUGCAGCAACACUGCAUGUCCAUGUACCAGUCUAUUUAGUACAGUUGGACUAUAGAGCUCAGAGGAACCUCGGUUGCCAGUGACCAUGAUGUUCCUACACGUGUAUGCUGGAAGAAUUUAUUAAUUAGAAAAUAGUGUUUCACCUAUUUAUUUACAAUAUGUUAACCUCAUGAGAUUGUGUCCAUUAGACCAGUUAAUGCAGAGCUAUGGAGGAGUACUGUAGAACAUGUUUAAUAGCCACAGCCGUUUGCCCUGACUGACACAAGUAUGUAUGUAUUCAAACCAUAUUUAAACAUGUUGAAGUAAAGCAGCGUUACCACACUGACUGUCAAGACAAUCCUCUGGUCUUCACAUGCAUGACACUAAGACAACACACUGUUUUGGUAUAUUUUAUUAAAAUACUGCUGUACACACAAUAUUGCAAAAGUUGAGACAAUGAACACAAGAUGGGCAAAACAACAUACUAAGAUGGUGAUUGUAGAUGUUUGUAGGAGAGGCGUGUGU